UCCGGCCUGGCGGGUAAACCUGUUUCCUGGGCUCGCGCUCACCUGUGGGACAGUAGUUGCCGCCCGCGGGGAGUCCCCGGACCUCACGCCUACUCUCUUAAUGUUGAGCUGUGCCAGAAGAGAAACUGUGCAGUUGAUGUGACAUCUGGAAGAAAGGGCAAUUGGUAUACCUCUACGUUGUACGGACAGAGAGAGUUCCCUCACUACUCUCCAGCUCCAUAGCAUAUAGUGGUGGGCUCCCAGUUUUCCAACUCUGAAGUGUUUUCCAGUCAAAGCAAAGAGAAGAUUUGUGGAUGUUGAACAUGCAAGGAGCUGAAGAGCCAGAGCUCGGAAGAGAGGUUUGUCCAGAUCUGAUGAGCAAGUCUGUUCCAGAGCAGGAUGUCUCUGAAACUGAUUCACCAGGGGUAGUAGCAAAGAGCCUGCGAGAGGAUACAUACCAGGAUACUACAUUUGAAGAAAAAUAUGCAUGUGGGAGCGUGAAGGAAAACCCUUCCGGAGAGCUUCCAGGACCACGUCUUUUCAAAGAAGGAGGUUUGGGGGGAAUAACUUUUAUCCGCAAGGAAGUAUCUCCUGAAAUGAUUAGCCAAGAAUAUAAUUUUGAGAGAAGCUUGCUUUUGACCUCAAGCUUUGUUACACAUCUCAGGGUUUCUACACAAGAGGGCCUACAUCAGUGGGAGACAAGUAGCAUACACACCAGUGAGAUUUCAGACCAGAGUAAAUGUCCAACCCUCUCUCCGCAGAAAAAGUCUUGGGAAUGUAAUGAAUGUGGAAAAACUUUUACUCAGAGCUCAUCCCUUACCCAUCAUCAGAGGACUCAUACUGGAGAGAGACCCUAUGCAUGCGAGGAAUGUGGGAAAGCCUUCAGUCGUAGCUCCUUCCUUGUUCAACAUCAAAGAAUUCACACCGGAGUAAAACCAUAUGGAUGUGAGCUGUGUGGGAAAACCUUUCGGUGUCGAUCAUUUCUUACUCAACAUCAAAGAAUCCAUACUGGAGAGAAGCCUUAUAAGUGUAACGAAUGUGGGAAUUCCUUCCGCAAUCAUUCCCAUCUCACUGAACAUCAGCGAAUUCACACUGGAGAGAAACCUUACAAGUGUAAUCGAUGCGGGAAGGCAUUCAAUCAGAACACACACCUCAUUCAUCAUCAGAGGAUACACACUGGUGAGAAACCUUAUUUAUGCAAUGAAUGUGGCUCUUCUUUCCGUAAACACUCAAACCUUACACAACAUCAGAGAAUUCACACUGGGGAGAAACCCCAUAAAUGUGACGAAUGUGGGAAGACUUUCCAAACAAAGGCAAACCUCUCUCAGCAUCAGAGAAUUCAUACUGGAGAGAAACCCUAUAAAUGUAAGGAAUGUGGCAAAGCCUUUUGUCAGAGCCCCUCCCUUAUUAAACACCAGCGAAUUCAUACUGGAGAAAAACCCUAUAAAUGUAAGGAAUGUGGCAAAGCUUUUACUCAGAGCACCCCACUCGCUAAACAUCAGAGAAUUCAUACAGGGGAGAGACCUUACAAAUGCAGUGAAUGUGGUAAAGCCUUCAUUCAGAGCAUUUGCCUCAUUCGGCAUCAGAGAAGUCACACUGGAGAAAAACCCUAUAAAUGCAAUGAAUGUGGGAAGGGCUUUAAUCAGAAUACCUGCCUCACUCAGCAUAUGAGAAUUCAUACUGGAGAGAAGCCCUAUAAGUGUAAAGAAUGUGGGAAAGCCUUUGCUCAUAGCUCAUCUCUUACUGAACAUCAUAGAAUGCACACUGGUGAGAAGCUCUAUAAAUGUAGCGAGUGCGAGAAAACUUUCCGCAAGUAUGCACACCUUAGUGAACACUACAGAAUUCACACUGGUGAGAAGCCCUAUGAAUGCAUUGAAUGUGGAAAAUUCUUCAGACAUAGUUCAGUCCUUUUCAGACAUCAGAAACUUCACAGCGGUGAAUAACCCAGGCGUUCAGGUUAUGACAGCUUCUCUAGAAAGAGUGACUAGGAAUCUGGCUGGGGGCAGAGAGGCAGGUACGUUUCCUGGAGGGAGCACUGACUGUUACACUCAGAAGAUUAUUUCUAGUUAUGGAGGCGGGAGCUUGGAGAAUGCAGAGCAUUCAGCCGGGCAUCUGGGAAUUCAGGGUAGAAAGAAAGUUCCUGCUUUUCAGAUAAAUCCUUGCUGCUUGCCACUCUUCCUCCUUGUGACCGUCAUAUCUUGAGGUGCCAUCUGUUAAGUUGGCACUUGUGUUUCCCUUACUGCACUCCUGCCCCCACCUCCCCAGCUUGUGACCCGUGUCCUCUGGCCAGUAGGCUGAGGUGCUUUUCCAAACGUUCAGUGUGAAAGUGGCAAGAGUUCUGAGGUAGUGCUCCGUGGCCUUGAGGUGUCUGAGGCUGCUCUGAAAAUGCCAUCUGUAGACGUAGUCUCAUGAAGGCGAGGCAGAAAUAAGGGAAAACAAAGACUCCUUAUUCAUUCACUCAACAAAUAAGGGGGUACGUGGCAAGAACUGGGCUUAUGUCUACAGAUAUGUUCGUGAAGAAGGUUUUUAUCAGGGUGAGGGAGAUCUUUCCUGAUCCUUUCAAGCUGGAAGGCAAUUUGGGGCUAAAAUGGAAGUAGGAGGUCAAGAGAAACUUGAGUGAAGCCAGUUUGUGGAAAGGGAGUCAGAUCUGCUCAGAGGUCCAGGAAGAGGAGCAUUGACUUACCCAGGAGGGAAAUCGCAUGUGGUAGGCUGCUGGUGCUGAGGGACAACAUCCAAACGGCUGUCAAUGGACAUUUAGGCAGGAGAAACCAUUAGUGAUGAAGACGGCCUUUUAGGUUGGCUGGAUUCAGGGCUGCUGGACCAGUCCUGAAGAGAAUGUCAGUCAUUGUAGUGGGGAGGGCUAGGUUUCAUUUAAUUAUGCCAUUUGUGGCUAUAAACAGAUUAGUUAGGUUUCAAAUGUUUCCGUUUUUAUUGGGACUGUCUUAUUCUUGGAUAUUUUACCUUUCCCUGCAGGUUAGGUGUAGUUAGGGAAACACCGUCAUGGGAACAAUUUGGAAAGGGUUCUAGAGAUAAUCACCUCUUUUUCAAAUCCUUGAAUAUUGAGACAGUACAGUUAGCCACUGACUAUGACAGUAUUUUAUUCUUUUAAAAGACUUUUUUUCCUCCUUUAUUUCCUUACUCCCUUUCAUGAUCUUAAUUGCUACCCAGAGCUUGAGCUCUGAGAGAUGAGGUAAGGAUAGCCUUUGACUGGUAUUUGGAAUACUUUCUGUCCUCUGAAGUUUAUACUAGUUUUAAAAAUAAUGACUAUUAAAAACAAAGUCAGUUGUUUCUGGAAUGGUUGGUUACUUAGAACUCAGUAUUAAUUCUUUUUUUCCAGAGCAACUGCCUUGUAAGUAGUGGUUUGAGCUAUUAAUUACCAUUGAUAGGAAUGUGGCAGAAAUAUCACUGUCUUCCUCUCUAGCUGUAAACAUUAUAUUCAAAACCUGCCACAGGGCAAUUAAUAAUCGAGUAAAUCAAUACUUUAUGGACAAAAAUAACCCUGUUAAAACUUUAUGUUCAUGAAAAAUUAUAUUAUUGAAAGGAAAUAUUGAUGUACUUGUACUUUAUAAAUGAAAAUAACACUAUAGAAUUCAUUGCUGGCACAUAGUAUAUGUUCAAUAAAUAUUUGUUGAAUUAA